CGUUAGUCGGAAAUAAACAAAAGCAUUUGGAGUAAGCCUUCAAAAAACGACAGGAAAAUGGACGCAAACUAACACUCUUCGCCCCUGAAUGUAAAGGUUGAUUCACACAAACAUGAAGAAGAAGGCAAGGAGGUCGCAGGAGACACACACAAACAGUGUCCAGGAGGAGUGCUGUGCUUUGUGUAGGUGCAGUGAUGAUGACCCAGCCAUGUUUGGGGAGAAAGUCACACUCAAAGAACAUAAACUCUCUGUCCACUACUUCUGCUUGCUAACAUCUUGUGGAGUUUAUCAGCGAGGAGAGGAAGACGAAGGCAUCUUCGGUUUCCUGGUGGAGGACAUCAAACAGGAGGUCCGCCGGUCGGCUCGACUGACAUGUUUUGGCUGUAAGAAGAAGGGAGCAUGUGUCGGCUGUAAUGUCAGGAGCUGUAGGAAGAUGGUUCACUUCCCCUGUGGGAGGAAGCAAAUGUUUGUCUCCCAGUUCACUGGACUCUUCCCAUCUUACUGUCCGGAUCAUAGUCCCUCCCAGUCUCUGUGUACUGGGUUAGACAUCAGUCUGCCUCGAUCCUGCUCCAUCUGUCUGGACUCUAUUGAUCCCGUUUUGUCUUACUCCAUCCUCAAGUGUCCAUCCUGCCAUACCAGCUGGUUCCACAGAGACUGUGUGCAGCGUCAGGCCCACAGUGCAGGCCUGUUCUUCUUUAGAUGUACCCUGUGUAACAACAAGGAAAACUUCCAGGAGGAAAUGCUCAGAAUGGGAAUAUACAUCCCAGAGAGAGAUGCCUCGUGGGAGUUGGAGGCAAAUGCAUAUGCAGAACUGUUGGAGGUUUACAAACGCUGUGACGCUCUCACCUGCCUCUGCAACAAUGGUCGUACACACUCUGCCAAGAGCGGGUGGUUUGAGGUGAUUCGCUGCCGACUGUGUGGCUCUAAAGGGACUCACAGGAAAUGUUCGGGACUAAAAUUGGACACUAAAGAUUGGGCCUGCACUGACUGCACACAAGCGACAGAUGGGAAAGCCUCCCUUGUUAGGUCUCCUCAGGGAGGUCCGAGGAGAAGUCUGCUGUCCAAACGCCACAGGCCUUCAGUUCACUCCUCCAUCAGCUGUAAAAGACCAUCUUUACCCGAAAGAUCUGGAUCGCCUGAAGAGCUCCUGCAUUCUUUGGUCCCUCGGCUUCAUCCCCCAAGUGUCCAGGUGGAGGUGAUCGGGGACCAGGCUCUGUCAGCUGGUCUCAACUUAGUCAGGAGGGCUGAUUUUGACCCCACACAAACUCUGUCUGUCAGGUUCAAAGACAUAGAUCAGACUCCCCUUCCCAACAACCUCUGGGACAGUGACACAGCCAAGGAGUACUUUCUGAAGCUGCUGAUGCAGCAGAUACAGGAGUGUGUAGUGUUCGAGGGCCCAGAUGGAUCCAAAAACUUGGCGCUGGACUCAGAGGCUCUGCGUGAGGACCUUUAUUUUGAUGUCGGCUGCCUGCUGGCCCUCUCUCUGGUCCAUGGUGGUCCACCUGUUGGCUUCUUCUCGCGUGCUCUCUAUCAGUGUCUAUUCAACUACCCAGCCAACCGUCCCCUCAAUGUCACACAUAUGACCCCUGACACACACUUCACCCACCAGGUCACCAGGAUCACAGAGGCAGAGUCUUUAGAAGAGCUAAAAGAAGUCAUGGCAGUCAGCUGGGAGUACCUGGAACUAGCUGGCUGUAAUCGACCAAUCAGCAGCCUGAAGGAGAGAGAGGCUCUGGUGGAGGAUUUGGUGAGCUUCACCAUGAUCACCAGGAUGCAGCUGCCACUGCAGAGGUUUCGGGAGGGUCUACAGACUUUGGGUGUCUUUGAUCAGGUUCAGCUCUUCCCAUCUGUCUUCUGUGGAGUUUUCUGCGAAGCUGGUGAUCAUCUCACAGCUCAGACGAUUGGUCAGCUCUUCACCAUCAACUUCUCUGAGCAGGAGGAAAAACUGAACCGAGAGACGCCCGUUGUCACCUUCUGGAGGCACUUCCUGCUGGAGUGUGAAGUUGGAAGGAGCUCCAUCUCCCUUCAGGACCUCCUUCGCUUUGCCACAGGAAGUGCCGAGCUACCAGCUGUCAGUGCCCUCUCUUCUCCCUCCAUCUCCUUCCUCCAUCCUCUCACGCCCUCCCCAUUAGGAUUCAAAGAAGGGAGAAGUGUGGACUGGAGGGAUGAGGGACUCUUCCCUCAGAGUGAGCCUGAGUCCAAACACCUCCUCCUACCCGUCACUUCCUCCUACCAAGCUUUUAAAAGCUCCAUGGAGCAGGCCAUCAGCCACCAUGUGCACCUUCUCCCCACAGAUGGUUAAAGAAGGAGGUGGGGGUUGGCUCUGGACUGGUUUGGGAUCUGUGUUUGAAGAUAAACUCUGAUUGUUUUUUUUGUUUUUUCCUAAUGGGUUUCUUUGUGAUUGACAGAGAGGAAUUUGGGCAAUGUACGCAUUUAAAAUAAUGAACAAGGUUUUUUGAUGUUUUGUUAAAGAAAUCACUAUUUGCUUCAGCAAGAAAAACUUUCAGUA